GAAGAAGAAGACGAUCAGCAGCUCGGCACCACAAUGACUUCCACCAGGAGACUAGGAAAGGAGCUCGAUGACAUCCGUAAAUCUGGAAUGAAGCAUUUCCGCAACAUUCAAGUGGAUGAAGCAAAUAUUCUGAACUGGCAAGGCCUCAUCGUUCCUGUGAUGAUCCAGUGUCUCAUCGCUCUGGUGAACAUCCCUCAGCCGGAGCAUCCGCUGCGUGCCGACCUGGCGGAGGAAUACACCAAAGACCGCGCCAAGUUCAUGAAGAACGCCGAAGAGUUCACAAAGAAACACAGUGAAAAGCGACCUAUGGACUGAC